UAGAAUCUAAACUAACAGGGUGGACUACUAUUGCGGGGUUCGUUCAUGUUGCUAUGUAUUUGUCGUUAUACUUGUACAAUAUAUAAUAAGUAUAACGGCCGCUGCCGCGCUGCCCCGGUUGCCCGCGCGAUUCGCGAAAAAGUGCAUGUGUGUGUGUGUGUGCAGUUAUACACAAUCAAAGGCACGGAGGGAGCCGCAGCCGGGUACGGAGAACCUUCGCCAAUAUAUAUAUAAUAUAAUCAUCGUUCUCCAGCUCUCCUAGCGGAUCCACAGUUUCGAGAGAACUAAGUAGCCGAACUCGGACGCCUCGAAGAGGACACGCAUCUGUUCCCUCGACAACUACUGUGCGGUUUUUUAUUUUUAAUUUCUCACAUUGUAUAGCCGGAGAACAAAUUCGCGCGAGCGCGAAUAGGUUAACCCGGGGAGAGACAGACAGAGAGACUUCCUAACCUCGAAACCAUGGCGCUGAACCCCUCCUACGAGGCCAUCGGCAAGGGCUUCGUCCAGCAGUAUUACGCGUUGUUCGAUGACCCGGCUCAACGACCGAACCUCAUCAAUAUGUACAAUACGGAGUCGUCCUUCAUGACGUUCGAGGGAUUGCAAAUUCAGGGUGCCAUCAAGAUCAUGGAAAAGCUGACGAGUUUGUCUUUCCAAAAAAUUAACCGAAUAAUCACAGCCAUUGAUUCUCAACCGAUGUUCGAUGGUGGUGUACUCAUCAAUGUACUAGGAAGGUUGCAGGCAGACGAAGACCCGCCACAUGCCUUCUCGCAGACAUUUGUGCUGAAGCCGCUAGGGCAAUCGUUCUUCUGUCAACACGAUAUCUUUCGUCUGGGCAUCCACGAUACCAUAUAAGCGUGCGAUUCUACUGACUCGAAGAGAUCAGUGGUUAAUAGCAAGAAAUCGCGGUUGAAACUAAUCGAGGACAAGUGAGCUAAUUUUUCAUCGUAAAAAAAAACAUUUUUUCAUUGUAAAGCACAGACAAUGUUUGCCCCUCUUUAGAUAUCACUGUUUUAUACAAAGCUGCUUACGUCUCGGCGAAAAGAGGAUUUAAGAAUAAAUAAGUUUAAUAAUAACUAAGCCUCAUUCUUUUAUAAUAUUUUGUAUUAAACUAAUGAUGAGGUUCUUUGAAAAAAAAAUGCAUAGAUUCUCAGCUUUUUAACAACAAGAAUAUGGCAGGGCUAUUAUCAGAUUCAGACAAUAAAAAUAUGAAGUACAUCAGUGAAAGUGAUCUCUUCAAAAUAGCUUUAUUAUUUACAAUCUUAUUUAAACACAAUAGCUUUUAUCACAAAAACGUCGUUUUUAUUAACAUCUACAAUUAAGUCUUAUUAUUUAUUUCUUAAAAAUCCUAAUCGACACGUCGAAUUAUUACAAAUUGCCUCUCUUCGCUUGCUCCAUUUCAAUUGCUUCAAACAAUGCUUGGAAGUUUCCAGCGCCAAAACCCUGGAAAAAUUUUCAAAGUUUAUAAAAGACAUGUUUACCUACGUUUAAAAAUUGAUAAUAAAAUAUAAUAUUUUUUUCAAAAAAAAAAA